UAUGAAAAUUAACAUUUAUUUCCGUGCCAAAACUAAUUUCGCAAAUAUUCAAGGUAUCUUGCUUUAAAAAUAUAUCUCAGUACAUUUGAUACUUUUGCAAAUGGAAUCGAAAAAAUCUAAAAAUGAACGCAUUAGUGAAGAUUUUUGCAUUUGCACUUUUAAUCUGCGUGAUAGCAGCUAUACCUUUACAAGAAGAGCAAGAUAAUUCAAAACUUGAUUUAUUGUCUGUUGAUGAUGCGCCACAACAAGAAAAUCCGGGUGCUUUAACCCGAUCUAAACGUGGUUAUGGUGGAUUUGGAGGUUUCGGAGGAUAUCCAUAUGGUGGUUACGGUGGUUAUGGAGGAUAUCCUUAUGGAGGUGGAUACGGAGGUUACGGAGGGUACGGUGGCUAUCCCUACGGUGGUUAUGGUGGUUAUGGAGGCUACGGUGGAUUUGGAUAUAAGAAAUUCGGUGGAUUCUAUGGUUAAACUCAUUUCUUCUUAAAUUCUAUUAAUUCAAACCAAGAGCUUGGAAAGCGUACACUUUCAUCUCGCUAUGUUCUAUUCUUGGAAUAUCAUCAAAAGCAUUCAGUGAUAAAAAUAUUUUCUUAUUAAUUUUAUAUUAAAAUCAUCCAACAAUGUAAAAACAUUUCAACAUUUAAUGAAUAAAAGUUUUGUUUAAAGAUUAUUUUAUUUCGUAUC